ACGAGUGCUUCCGAGGAUACCAAGGGACAACGAGCAGCGGGACAUCAUCGCCGACCAUGAACAUCGUAGAGAGUCUCGACGCCCCUUCCUCAUACCGCGACUCGCGGUCUCGAGCAUCGCAGCAGGCAUACCAGGCUGCCCUCUCCUCAACCUCGACGCUGUACCUGGGCAACCUCUCAUUCUACACUACUGAGGAACAGAUUUAUGAGCUCUUCAACCGAGUCAGUCUGCCUUCGUCGGGAGGUGGCAUACGGAGAAUCAUCAUGGGCUUGGAUCGGGUGCAGAAGACUCCGUGCGGCUUCGCUUUUGUAGAGUUCUACACUCAUCAGGAAGCCCUGUUGUCCCUGCGUCACAUCUCCUCUACCAAGCUGGAUGAGCGUCUCAUCCGAUGCGACCUGGAUCCAGGCUACACAGAAGGCCGUCAGUACGGUCGAGGCCGAUCAGGCGGGCAGGUACGAGACGAGCACCGCAUCGAGUACGAUGCGGGACGAGGAGGAUGGGGUGCAGGACGUCUGAGGGAGGAGGAAGAGCGCCUGAAGCGCGAGGCAGAGGAGGCAAAGAGAAAGGAGGAGCAAGAGAGCCUGUACAGGAAUGCCGAGAUGGAAGGACAGGGAGCUGGACAGCAGGGUGCUACAGUGCCUGGAGGUGCCGAUGCCGAGUACUUUGAGCUCGAGGGCGAGCAGAGGGGUACCGCUGGGGGCGAUGCAGCGGAUGUCAGGGACAGUGGCAUCGGACCUGGUAAGAGAGAUCGGAGAGACAGCGAUGAGGACGACUUUGAUGAUGACGAUGGACCGAAGAGGAGGAGAGAAAGGAGCUUCGAUUAGCAGACAGAGAGCGGACAUUGGCAGC